AUUUGUAUUUUUGAAGUAAAAAAAGAAAAGGUUUUCCAAUAAUUACUCCUCCCGUUUCUGAGAAGCAAGAAAAUGUGAAACGGCUCCACGGAGGCUAUUGUUGCAGACAUGCUGAAAACUAAGGAUAUUGUUUGUUUGUUUGCAGUGUUUGCAUUCAUCGUUCACGGUGAUGCAGGAGUGGAGUUUGUGCCAGUGAAGGAGGGAGAUUCAGUCACUCUAAACUCUGAUCUUACUGAAAUGAAGGAUGAUGAUGUGAUUCAGUGGUGGUUUGAAAAUAGAAACACUUUAAUAGCUGAAAUCAAUGAAUCGUCCGACAGAUUCACUGUAUAUGAUGAUGUUCUUGAUGGGAGAUUCAGAGACAGACUGAAACUGGACAAUCAAACUGGAUCUCUGACCAUCACAAACACCAGAACUGAACAUGAAGGAUAUUAUAGACUACUGAUCAACAGUGUGAGAAAGAGUUUCUAUCUCACUUUUAUUGAUCAAAUAUCAGUGACGGAGGGAGAUUCAGUCACUCUAGACUCCGAUCUUACUGAAAUAAAUGAUGAUCGGAUUCAGUGGAUGUUUGGAAACACUUUAAUAGCUGAUGGCAAUAAACUGGCCGACAGCAUCACUGUAUAUGAUGAUGUUCUUGAUGGAAGAUUCAAAGACAGACUGAAGCUGGACAAUCAAACUGGAUCUCUGACCAUCACAAACAUCACAACUGAACAUGCUGGACAUUACAAACGAUUGAUAGGACCAUCGCCAUUAUUAAAAAUGUUCAGUGUUUCUGUCUAUGGUGAUGCAGGAGUGAAGUUUGUGCCAGUGAAGGAGGGAGAUUCAGUCACUCUAAACUCUGAUCUUACUGAAAUGAAGGAUGAUGAUGUGAUUCAGUGGUGGUUUGAAAAUAGAAACACUUUAAUAGCUGAAAUCAAUGAAUCGUCCGACAGAUUCACUGUAUAUGAUGAUGUUCUUGAUGGGAGAUUGUUAAAUUAACUCUCCUGGGAGUAUAUGUGCGACCACACUCAAAAGGGUUAAAGUGUAAAAGUAAGAGUGAUAAAGUUAAUGUGAUAAUUAUGUGAUUAAUUGUGUGAUGAUUGACCAUUAUUGAAAACACCUGAUGAUAACAAGCAGAAUAAAAACACACUAAUCACAAUGAUGGUGACUUAAAAAUUGUGAUUUUCUCCUUUGGUGAUUCUGCUUGUUAUCAUCAGGUGUCUUCAAUAAUGCUCAAUCAUCACUCAAUUAAUUUCUCAUUAACUUUAUCACUGCUUCAGUGUUCAUUUAACACUCUUAUUUGUACACUUUAACACUCUUGAGUGUGGUCACAUGUACUCCCAGGAGAGUUUAACACUGAAAUCAGCUGGCUGAGUUCAUGUGUGGAAUAAACAUAUGGCAGGACUUUUACUUUCUGACCACGAGACUUUACACCUCUGCUACAUGCGCAUUUUUAAUUGAUUAAUAAUAUUAUAGUUUGAGAUAAUAUAUUACAAUGUUAGACCUUGCUGUAGAAAAAUGGCAGAAUUCUGACAGUAAUAAACAAUUUUCCAUUAAAACAGUAAUAUACUGUAGAAAACACUGUAUUCUGGGUAAUAUUUGUCAUUUUCGAGAAAAUAGCCUACAGGAAUAUACUGUGAGUUAACAUCGCUCAAAGUCGACACUCAGAGGCUGUGUUCAAAUCACACCCCUCAUUCACUAUUCCCUACAUUAGUUCACUAAUAUAGUCCACUUGACAGAGUGAAUGAAAAGAAGUGAGUGAAUUCAGACACUGAUGAACACCUGAUUAGCAGAAUCACUGAAGAACAGAGAAACAAGACCAGAAAAAAGAGAAGAGACGAGCAGAAACACAAGAACUACAACUGACUUCAGCCACACUGAGUGUGAAACCAGUUCACAAACCAGUUUGACAUUAUUUCUUUCAUACAUGUACAGAAGUUCUUGUUGAGAAUUAAAGGUGCCCUAGAACCCCUUUUCAAAAGAUGUAAUAUAAGUCUAAGGUGUCCCCUGAAUGUGUCUGUGAAGUUUCAGCUCAAAAUACCCCAUAGAUUUUUUUUUUUAGCCAUAAUUAUGUAUUCACCGAUUCAGCACGCGGCCCCUUUAAAUCUCUCGCUCCCCCACUCUCGACUGCCUUAACCAGCAUAAACAAAGUUCACACAGCUAAUAUAACCCUUUAAAUGGAUCUUUACAAAAUGUUCAUCAUUCAUGCUGCAUGCAUGCAUGCGUCGGAUAAUGUGAGUAUAGUAUUUAUUUGGAUGUUUACAUUUGAUUCCGAAUGAGUUUAAUAGUAUUCUCCAUGGCUAACAGGCUAAAGUUAACAUUACACACUGUUGGAGAGAUUUAUAAAGAGUGAAGUUGUGUUUAUGCAUUAUACAGACUGCAAAUGUUUAAAAAUGAAAAUAACGAUGGCUCUCGUCUCCGUGAAU